UGAUAACCCGGUUAUCAUGCAGUUAUCGUUUAUCAGCAAUCAGAAUGUUGAGAAAUCUUACUCGCACGUUCUCAUGUCCGCAGUCGAUCAUUGUGAAAUCGUGUUUCGUCCAUUCGGUUCCGCUCCCGUACGCAGCUGCCGACAUCAUGUCAAAAGAACAGGAAAAGCCGCAGGAGAAACCGUCCAAAAUCCAAUUGAAGACACCCAAAGGCACGCGCGACUACGGCCCCGAACACACGGCCAUCCGCAAUGACGUGCUCGGCCGGAUAACCGAAGUGUUCAAACGUCACGGUGCGGUGAACAUCGACACGCCGAUAUUCGAGCUGAAAGACGUGUUGACCGGUAAGUACGGCGAGGACUCCAAGCUGAUUUACGAUCUCGCCGAUCAGGGCGGCGAGUCGCUGUCGCUGCGCUACGAUCUGACCGUACCGUUCGCCCGGUACUUGGCCAUGAACAAGAUCACGAACAUCAAGCGCUAUCAAAUCGCCAAGGUGUACAGGCGGGACAAUCCGUCCGUCGCGAGGGGCCGCUACCGUGAGUUUUACCAGUGCGAUUUCGAUAUCGCCGGCCAAUACGACGACAUGCUGCCGGAGGCCGAGUGCGUGUUCGUGGCCGCAGAAAUAUUGCGGUCGUUGGACGCGGGCAAAUUCAAAGUUAAAGUCAACCACAGGAUGCUGUUGGACGGGCUGUUCGAAUCGUGCGGCGUUCCGAUCGACAAAUUCAGGACGAUUUGUUCGUCGGUCGACAAACUGGACAAAUCGAAAUGGGACGAGGUGAAAAAGGAAAUGACCGACGAAAAAGGGCUGACCGGGGAAGUGGCCGAUAAGAUCGGGACGUACGUGCAGUUGCACGGCACCGACGAGCUGGUCACGACUCUGUUUAAAGACGAAUUGCUCACCACGUCUAAAAUGGCCGUGCAAGGACUCGAGGCGAUGAAAUUGUUUUUCGAGUACAUUAAACUGUUCGGAAUCGAUGACAUCGUGUCUUUCGACAUGAGUUUGGCCAGAGGCUUGGAUUACUAUACGGGGAUUAUUUACGAAGUCGUUUUGUUGGAUCAAGGCGAAUCCGUCGGCAGCGUGGCCGGCGGCGGUCGCUACGACAAUCUCGUCGGCAUGUUCCAUCCGAAAAACAAAACCAUCCCGUGCGUGGGGAUAUCCAUCGGUGUCGAAAGGUUGUUCACCGUCAUCGAGGCCAAACUCGCCAAGCAGAAACAAAAGACGCGCGCCACCGAGAUACAAGUGUUCGUGGCCGCCGCCCAAAAAAACCUGGUCGAACACAGGAUGAUCGUGUGCAAGGACUUGUGGAACGCCGGCAUCAAGGCGGAACACUCUUACAAGAAAAACCCCAAACUGCUGGCUCAACUCCAGCACUGCGAAGAGAACGAGAUCCCGUGGGCGGUCGUGAUCGGCGAAGAGGAAGUGUCCAAAGGCGUAGUCAAAUUGCGGGACGUCGUCACCAGGAAAGAAGAAGAGGUCAAGAGGGAAGAGCUCGUGGAAGAAAUAUUCAAGAGGUUACAAAUUAAAAGCUAACCGCCCGAGUAUAUAUAUUUUUUGAAGUGCGUUUUUCGGUAUUCGGUUAUAUAUAUAUAUAUUUUUUUUUAAUUUUUUUUUUUUAUCAAAGUUUGUUCCUAAAUAACAACCAAAAAUAAGACGUUAUUUUUAAUAAUUCAUCUUGUUUUUUUUCCAUUUCGCCCGUACAUAAUGUAUAAUAAUGUCUGUACAUAAUUAAGUGCCUAUCUCAUCAAAAUUGUAUUACUCGGGCCGCGAGUCGUACAAUAAACGAUGAAAUAAAUAGACACGUUUUUCAAACGCAAUGUAUCGACCGUAUCGUGUAAUACUUCCGAAUAAUGAAAAAUUAUAAUUAUUCUACGGCUGUUUAUAUUAUGUUGUAUUAUUGUAUGUUCUGAACAUUUUCAUUGUGUUUAUUCUCUACAUUCUAAGCGAAGCGUGGAGCGCGUUUGUUUUCCAAUGACGUCGAUUUUUUUUUUGCUACGCUGUACAGAGUGCACAAAGUGUCUCCUGGAAAUCCUGCUCUGGUCGACACGCGACCAAAGGCCUAUUCUGUCGCAUUUUGG